AUGUUAGGCAAAGAUAUCAGGGUCAGGACCAUUAAGCUGCCCUUCAACGAACGUCAGCAAGGAAGAGAUGAGGUUAAGAUCUCAGAACGAAAUAUCCUCGCCGUCCAAUCAGCUAUCAUUCGAGGAGACACAUCCGUGACCCUCUACAACUGGGACGGUAUUCCUAUGCAAAAAUGGCUCGACAUACAAGGUCACCUCAGUGACAUCGAACAAGUUGAGAUCCAACAUUUCGACAUAUUUGGGCCCUCUGGACCCAAAGAUCCUCACGGGCUCCUAGCGAAUGACAUCCUGGACACCGUGCAUUACGAGACGUGGGCUGGCCUAGAUUUCAAAUUCGACAAAAUUCUUGCCCAAGGUGGCCACGGAUUCGUGUCGCUAUGGAAUGUCACUUUCGACGACGGAUCCAGCAGGAAAGUGGUCAUCAAGAAGGGUGUGAGUUCUUGCUUUUCCGCCGAAAGCGAGAUGGAGUUCCACUUGCGGUACAACCGCGCCGAACACACAACGCAGGUCGUUGAUCUACAUCGCGAGGCCCAGAAGAUACAUGCAGCAAUGCGCAAGGCGGAUCCGUUGGCCAGGAGGGAGUUCACAAGGGGUGCCCAAUGGAACGCCAAAAGGCUGAAUUGUGCUGUUUUCGAGUAUGCUCCAUAUGGCGAUGUAUACCGCUUCAUGGAGAAUGUCAGCGAAAAGAAGGCGCAGUUCACAAAUCAAGUUCUUUGGGGGAUAUGGGAGUGCUUUGUAAUGGGUAUGGCUACGAUCGCAUAUACACCAAGCUUGACACACCUCAAACUCUCUUUCGAACGAGAGUUUGAGAGAGCUAGAUCCCAAGACAAAUUAUGGGACUUUCUCAACCACAUUGAACAAGCAUGGCGUAUUGAGCACGAUGUUCAUCUCGAUAUGGAAGCACUCAAUGUGCUUGUAGGCACCUGUCUUUCGCACACAACUCAGCCUGUGUUCAAGAUUCAUGACUUGGGCGCUUGGAGCUUUAGUAUGUCGACCCUCUGGAAGAAACUGAAAGAGAGAGAUGUUUGGAGAAUGAGAGGCCCCGUCAAAAUUCAUGGGUUAACGCCGGAGCAAAUGACAAGAGAGUGGGAUGAUAUUCCACUGAGAAUGAACGGAGAAGACGUACAACAAAACUUUGCUGGCGAAGAUUUCACAAAGGGAAGCAUUUGUGCCGGCCGUUUCGGAAUGUGGACCAAUAUCUUUCUCAUCGCCAGAGUUAUGGAAUCUAUCAUGACCGGAGUGUUUGCCAGAUAUCCCUUUCAAUGCGGCCCUCACAUGAAUAGGCAUGGUAGAGCUGCUACGCAAACAUAUGGAUGGCAGCUUAUGGACCCGGAGUACUCCCACAUCGACGAAGAGCUUCGAGAAAUCAUUUGCCGAUGCCUAAACGAGCGGCCUCAAGACCGACCCAGCGUUGUUCAACUAAUAAGGGAGGUUGAGAGGCGAAAGGCAAAGGGUUUCAGUCAACCUGAAGAAGCAGUCAAGAAAUGGUGGACCGACUUAUUGCACCCCAAUGAGGAACUGCGUCUCCCAGCACAGCGCAAAUCGAAGACUAGCCCUGUUCAACAAGCUGUGGCAGAUAGGAUGGGACCUUCCAGUCUCAUACAGAGGGCCAUCCGUGAUCCUACAGCCCGAGUACGAAAAUCGGUCAAAGUGCAAGCUGCUGGCCAUGGCAAACAGCCUAAGGCGGGUGCGUCAAAGUCCAAGGCUCCUCAGCGCCGUCGAAGCGGGGACAGAGAUCAAGGAGAUGCAGUUCCAAACCCACGACGAGCCGACGGUCUUGUGAGGCCCAUUCGAGGUCGUGGCAAAGUUCCUCAAGCGGAACCGCACAAAGAGGACCCUAUAAUAUCUCGAUCCCCCAGUGCGGGCUUCGUAAACCAGAAGGCCAAGCGUUCUAUCCGUCCGGGGAUAGAAAUUCGACCCUCUCCUCCUUAUCCAGACUCUCGUCCUUAUUUCUCGGCCGUUGGCCAAAACUCGCCGCCUGCUUUCCUAGCCAAUAGGGCAUUUGACAAGGCUCCUCCACGGGCUGGUCAAUACGGCAGUGGCAGCGUAGACUCAGACGGACCUCCUGUCACAGCGAUACCGAUUCGGGGCAGUUCUUCCAUGGAUAUUGACGAUGAGGAUAGGGUGCAAGACCUGCAGCAGGCAGCAGUCGACAAAUUCUGGGCACGGCGUCUUCGUGAAACUCCCCCUGCUCCUACUGCUGGGAAUGGUGAUCCUUACAACCCACAACAACCAGCCGCCAAACCUAAUUCUCCGUGGUGGCCUCCCACGCAUGCUCUUCCUACUCCUCGCCCUCGCGCCAGAGUGCGUGAAUCCUCUAAAUCGCCCCAGUUCAAGUCUGUUAGCAUCAGCCGUGUUACUCAGGGCACUACCAAGCACGUGAGGUUUAACGUGAAUACCAAGCCUAUUGUAACGAGUAAGAUCAACAAACGGCCUACAAAGGACAAGAAGGGUGGUUACAAAACAGGUCCAAAGAAGUCCAAGAUCCUCGAGUCGUGGGUCAAGAAGGCAUUGCCUGCUAUGCCCGUGGCUAUUCAGAACCUUGUGACUCGUGCCAGGCACCUUGAUGAGCAACUCAGGGAGGGCGAUGUGCCUGUUUAUGCCUAUAUUAAGUGA